AUGGCACCGGCAACGGGGGCCAGGGGUGCUGCUGCUGCCGCGGCGGCGGCGGUGGCGGCAGCGGCCAAGGACGAGAAUGACCCUACGGCCGCCAAGCUGGCCGUCUGGAAGGACGCGCUGUACGACAAGGUGCGCGAGUCCGGGAGGGAGAAUGACCUCUUCACCCAGGACAACCUGAUGGACCUGGGCGUGAUACCCAACGGCGACAAGGGUCUGCUGCUGCGCGUCGUCCAGGCCCUCAGCGACGACAAGCUGUUUGUGACCAUGCGCGAGGCCUCGGGCAAUGUCUUUUGGAAAUGGCGGGAUGCCCAGGAAGCGCACAAGUACAAGCAGUGCACCUCGGACGAGCAGAUAAUGGUCUACUCGCUGAUUGACGACUCGGGCGGCGACGGAAUCUGGUCGCAGACGCUGCAGCGCCGGCUCAACAUGCACGACACGGUCCUCAAGAACGCCAUCAAGCAGCUCCAGGCAAAGGGCCUGAUCGUCCCCUUCAAGAACGUCGAGCACCCCAACAAGAAGAUGUUCAUCAAGGCCUCCAUACAGCCCAGCGACCGCGCCACCGGAGGACCCUGGUACACGGACCAGAACCUCGACGAGGCCUUCAUCGAGGAGCUCCAGCGCGUCAUAUUCGACUACGUCAAGCGGCAGAGCACCUACGUAUCCCGGAACCAUACUCCCUCCCCAGCUUCCGCUCCCACUCCCGCUUCCGCUCCCGCUCCCGCUCCCGCAAAGAAUGGGACCUCCGCCAAUGGUACCGCUGCCGGUAGGAAACGCGACGCCAAGGAGAUGAUGGCCACCGAUACCCCAGCCGCGCCCGCCUCCAAGCUUGCCAAGACGGCUACCCAGCAGCAGCAACGCAAGGACGUCCUCCUCCCCCUUCCGGCAGGGUACAAGGGGUACCCGACCGUGCGCGACAUUGCCCGCCUCCUCUCCGCCAGCGGCAUCACCAACAACACCAUCCUGUCGGAGCAGGACGUCAAGAAGCUCGUCGACGUCCUGGUCUGGGACAACCUCGUCGAACCCGUCAAGGUGGCCGGCAAGAUCGGCUUCCGCGUCUCACGCGUCGCCAAGCAGUCCACCGAGAGCUGGGCCGGCCGCGACGACACCUCCGUCGCCGGGAGGGACGUCAAGUCCGAGCCCUACGUCAGCCCCUACAGCGACCAUCAGGACACCCCCGUCUUCGACCUGUACGAGGAGGGCGCCGCCGUCGGACCCAGUAACUGCGUCUACUAUACAAGAUGGUAUGGUCGGAUCGACUGA